AUGCAUAGUGCUUCAGCUGAAAGGGGACAUCUAGACGAAAGAAAACAAAAUGCCCGGGCGAGAAACCUGUCUGUUCUUUCUGCAGCCGCCUCAAUCAAAGAUGCGCAUAUGCGAAGAGUCCUGAUGCACCUGACCGCCGGAUUCAGAAUGAAUCUCGUAUUGGCAUGUCCAAGGAAAGAGAUGGCUCUGGAGACCGUGUGCGCAGGCUGGAGGCACGAGUCGAUCAGAUCAUGCAAGCUGUCAAGUGUGUGCUCCGCUCCGAGGAUUGAAUCAAGAGCUGAGAUUGCAGUACGCUGGUCGGAAACCGGCCCGCCUCGACCUCAGUUUGACGAAGAUAACAGCCCACGUACUGAAGGAUCUACUUUUGAUGCAUUUCGAAGGCCGAUUCCCCCUUCCGACGUACUCCAAUCAUUAGCGAACGUCUACAUCGAGAGGAUAGCCGAUCAGCCUUUGCCGCUUUUCGACGUCAAGACAUUACCAUUCCGAGUGACGAGGUUCUCACCGGGCUUGUUGAGGAGCUUUCUGGCCUUGACAGUCAGAUUUUCGAACCAUGACUUUUUCAAAGAUGUCAAAUCCACGGCCGUGGAUUUCUACAAAGCCUCUUCUCGCACAGCACUGUUCACUCAGAUUGCCGAGCCUACAGGGUCUCUGGAUGUGCUUCAAUCUUUUUGUCUCCUUUGCCUUGGCGAGAUUGCAGACGGGAAAAUGGUGAGAGCCUGGAUGGCGCUUGGAAUUGCAGCAAGAAUGGCCAUAUGUACGAAUCUGUCCAUAUCCGAGACCGGAAAAUCCAAGACCAGGAACUCGGACAUGUCCCGAUGCAUCUGGAGUCUGUUCAUUCUCGAUCGGAUCCACGGCAGCAGCUUCCGCACCGUGCCAGCUAUCACAGACGAAGACAUUCUCCCUGAAAUGCCCCAAUGUGCCGCGCAGCCAAGGAAGCUUCCAUUGACUGAGAUCGAGGAUCUUCGCAUUCUAGAAGAAAAGGACGAUGGCAUCAAUUCCUAUUCUUUGCAACUGUUAUCAACCUGGGGUCGCCUGAUGUCGUACCUGAAGACCAUCAGACAAGGCAAUCUCGAAGAUGCCUGGAGAGCCAACUCAACCUAUCAGCAGAUCAAGUCGCAAAUGUCUCAAUUCGAGACGGUCUUUCCGGAAGCCCAUCGAUUCAGAAAUGCCAGGUUCCAUGAAAGAACAUUUUCAGAUUUGGCUCAAGAUCGCGCUUACUGGGCUCCUUGGGUCUUCACGCAAUGUAUCUACCAUACGAUCCAUUGCACGUUGAAUCAUCCUUUUCUACACGUUGUCAGAAUCCACGGACGCCAAAGACUACGUUCCCCGUCAUUCCUUCAACAUGCAAUAGACCAGACGGUCUUGCAUUCGGCGUGGGUCGUUCGCAUCGUGGAGCUGUGCGAGGAGAGGAAUUUCGUCGUAUUUGACCCUUUUGUCGGCCACCUUGCUGCCAUGAUUGCCACGGCGCAAUUUUUCCUUCAGUUCUCAAAGGAUACGUCUUUGGCGGCAAGGGCGUCGAGAGAUUUCGAACGCCUUCAUCGGUUCGUUGAAAAUAUGGCGAAUGAACAUACUCACCUUGCACAUACUGUUACGAAACUCUCCAAGCUGGCCCAAUUCGCCGCGCCGUGCAUAGAAGCGACACAAAUAAUCCAGCCACCCAAGGUCGAGACUUCGCUGCUGUGGGACUUGCUGGACUAUGCGGUCUCCUCGUCACCAAUGGUCAGCAGUGGCGGAACGUCCGAGGACAUCGAAUUGAACGUCAACACUCAAUUCCUCUCGCCCGUGAAUCAAGAUACGCCUCGUCCGACCGAGGCCGUGGCUCUUCCACCGUGUGGCACGGCAGAAGGACCGGCGGAGAACUUCUGGGAAGAUACUUCUUUCCAAUUUGACAUGGCAGACUUUUCGAAUCUGCCGGACAUGUCUACCUGGUCAAUGCAACGAGAGGUCUGGUUCAGCGGUCACCUUUAA